AUGGUGGAAUUGCGUAAUGGUAGUGACAAUGAAUCUAGACAGCAGAAGGCAGAGAGGGAAGAAAAAGGGAGGCGGGGUAAUGAUGCUGAAAACGCGAGAAACAUUACCACCACCACCUUCCCGACGAUGACGAGAAACAUAAGGCGAAGGCGAGGGCUAAGUGCGAGACACAUGGAGAAGCCACCGGAGAAUCAGUCCAGUCACUUGAAAAAUAACUCCUCCACCACCGCCAACCACAACAAGCAAGAAGGAGUGAAUAACAAUGGCAACCGAACAAAGUACCGUGGCGUGAGGCAGAGGCAGUCAGGCCGUUACACGGCGGAGAUAAGAGACCCUCAGUCCAAGAAGCAGCGGUGGCUGGGCACCUACACCACACCGGAGGAAGCUGCUCGUGCCUACGAUGCCGCCGCCCGAGCCCUUCGCGGCCAUAAGGCCUGGACCAAUUUCCUUGAUUACCCUACUAAUAACAACAACGACCUCGAAAACCCUAACCCUUUUUUGUCUUUUUCUUCCUCCUCCAACAUACUUCUUCUUCGGUUUCUUCUGGACUUCAUCAACUCCUCCUCCAACCCCUCUCUGGUCUUUUCCGCUCAGCAACUCUACGAUCAAUUAACAGAGACAGUGUUCUCUCACGAGAUGAUAAGGAACGGUAAUUAUAAUAACUCGGGUGUCCUUUUUGGUCAUUUUCCCAUGCAAACUGAUUUUGAUGGUGACUUUAAUAAUAAUAACUUUAGUAGUACUAAUGUGGUUGACAAUGGUCAUUUGAUGGAAGAAGGAAGUGUGUUUCAGUUCCCUGAGAUUCAUAAUCAUCAUCCUCAUGAUGAGGAGGAUCUUCUUGCGGCAUUCUGGAUCGAUGAACACUACUAA